AUGUGGAAGAGGAGAAACCAAGAUGUCAUCUACUCGACAAAUUCCUUUACUCAAUUAUCACAAUUCGGAAUAGCACUAUUCCUUCACGCGUUUAUUGGUUGUGAUACAACAUCAACAUCUUUUGGCCAAGGAAAACAUAAAUUUCAAUCUAUAAUAAAGAAACAACAAAACGCCGAGGUUUUCUUAAGCUCCAAUGCCACACCUGAGCAAGUUGCCGAUGCAGGAGAGACCUUCUUCGUUUCACUUCAUGAAGGCAACAAAGAAUCGAAAAAUCUUAGCGAUCUUCGCUUCUAG